CGUAUAUAAAUUAUAAAAAAAAUAUAAUAAAUGAGUGAAUUAUGCACCGAACACUACAUUUGCAUCAUGCAUCUUCUCGUAAUUCUCGAUACGACACAAGAAUGCUGCAUACAUUUUUUUUUUUUCUAUUCGGAAAAUAACAUCUGGCGAAUAAGUUGGGACAAAGGGAAACCUAUUAUUAACGUAUUACAAAAGAUAUAAGACUGACAUGUCGGAAGGCAGUGAAAGAAUUUUUGCAGUAUAUGCGAGAAAUAAGAAAUAAGAAUAGGAGGGAAGAUACCAUAUAAUUAUGGUACGUCUGCGACAUUUCGGACUAAUGAUCGCGCUUACGAUAUCGUAUUAGAGACAACGAGAAAGAACGUUGCGCGACUGGCGCGACUGGCGCGACUGGCGCAUAUUAAUCUUGCAAGUAAAUUGAUGAGCCGUUCAUUUAUUUUGCACGAUGAGCAUUCUCCAAUUUGACUGGGAAAGUUUACUUGGAAGCUGACACGGUACAUUUAUCGCCAGUCUACUAUCGCCGGUCUUCGAUCUAUGUCGAAGUCGAGUAAGUCAUGCAGGUGGUGCGGAAAUUAACGACGUCGACUGAUCUCGUUCAAGCGUCAAAAUUAAUUGUUUGGAACAGACGGUUCAUAGGUUUCUUGGGUUUAUGGCCGUCCAAGGUGAAUCAGCCUGUAUUUAUGUUCGUUGUUAUUUACAUGAUAAUUUAUUGUAUCAUGGGAGCGAGACAUUUGAUCAAGAACUUUAACUAUCCGGAACGCGUCGUCGCGAAUUUAACGGAUAACGUUUUAUUCGCGAUGAUACUGGGAAAAAUGUUCAUACUCAGAGGGAGCUGCGGAGUAAUGACCAAGUUUUUGAAAAGCAUCGAGAUUGAUUUCUCGACAGAAAUGUAUAAUAAUGUCCAGGAGAAAAUGGCGUAUCUAUAUUACAACGAGAUUGCAAUUAUAUUUCUCAAGUUUUCCACCUUCAUGGCAGGGUUAGCGGCUUCGCUCUAUUAUCUCAAGACAUUUAUCAAAAAUUGGAGCGCAUUUGUACACGGUAAUUUUUCGUACGAAUUACCGUAUCCAGUUCAUCCCUUUUUUGAGAUCACGGACACGACUACAUAUGUAUGCUUUUGCUUGUACCUGUCGAUAUGCAUACCGAUCAUAGUAUGCGGUUAUAGCGCACCGGAUGCCUAUGUACUCAGUUUAACUCUUCACGUUUGCGGCCAACUUGCCACUUUAUCAUGUAAGAUUAACAAUUUGUUAAAAGAUCAAAAAAAUUAUCAGCAUCAUGUCGGUAAUAUCGUAGUGAGGCAUCGCCAUCUAAUAAGAUUAGCAGACACCUUGGAAAACAAAUUCAACUUGAUAUUUCUACAACAAACCUUGGGUACUACAUUCCUGCUCUGUGUAACUUUAUAUCAUAUGCUUGCGACUUCGGAAAAUGGCGAAAACUAUAAUGUUUUAGCUUUUGUGUCAUAUAUAAUCUGUGUGAUUAGUACAAUUCUCGCAUAUUGCUACAUAGGCGAGUGUCUUAUUACUGAGAGUUCUGGAUUGCGUGACGCAUUUUAUAAUACCGAUUGGUACAAUAAUCCGCCACGAUACACAAAAUUAAUUAGCAUUUGUAUGAUACGAGCUGAAAGACCAUUGCUAAUGACCGCUGGCAAAUUCUGUGCGUUAUCAUUGAACACAUUCACGAGUAUUGUGAAAACAUCGAUGGCAUACUUAUCUGUUUUACGUAAUUUCAUGUAAAAGAAUAUUGAGAUUUUAAAUAUUUUAUUAAUUAA